GAGCGCAGUCGCGCUCGCUCCUCCCACAAGUCUCGCGAGAACACGUCCGAGGAGGAGGAGGAGGAGGCGGCGGCGCCAAGAUGGCGGAAGAAGAGGUGGCCAAACUGGAGAAACACCUCAUGCUUCUCCGCCAGGAAUACGUCAAGCUGCAGAAGAAGCUGACCGAGACCGAGAGGCAAUGCGCUCUCCUGGCCGCCCAGUCCAACAAAGAGAACGCCAGCGAUUCCUUCAUCAGCCGAUUGCUUUCCAUCAUCUCCGAGCUCUAUCAGCAGGAUCAAUACAGUGACCUGAAGAUAAAGGUUGGGGACAAGAGCAUCAGCGCUCACAAAUUCGUCUUGGCAGCCCGGAGCGAGUCUUGGAGCCUGGCCAACCUGGCCUCCACGGAAGAGAUGGAUCUGUCAGACGCUGACCCCGAUGUGACCAUGGCGAUGCUGCACUGGAUCUACACCGAUGAUUUGGAGCUGAGGGAGGACGACCUCUUCCUCACGGAGCUGAUGAAGCUCGCCAACCGGUUCCAGCUGAAGCUCCUCCGGGAAAGAUGUGAAAAAGGAGUCAUGUCACUGGUCAACGUCCGGAACUGCAUCCGCUUCUAUCAAACGGCCGAAGAACUGAAUGCUGGCACUUUGAUGAACUACUGUGCGGAGAUCAUUGCUAGUCAUUGGGAUGACUUGAGGAAAGAAGACUUCAGCACGAUGAGCGCCCAGCUUUUGUACAAAAUGAUCAAAUCCAAAACCGAGUUCCCUUUGCACAAAGCAAUCAAAGUGGAAAGAGAGGACGUCGUGUUCCUGUACCUCAUUGAAAUGGAUUCGCAGCUUCCUGGGAAGUUGAACGAGCCGGACGGCAACGGAGACCUGGCUCUGGACCUGGCUCUCUCUCGGAGGCUGGAAAGCAUCGCCAGCACCUUGGUGAACUCCAAGGCCGACAUCGACCUGGCGGACAAGAGGGGCUGGAGCCUGCUGCACAAGGCCAUCCAGAGGGGAGAUACAUUUGCUGCUCAUUUCCUGAUCCGGAACGGGGCCCGGGUCAACGCGGCCACGCUGGGGGAGCAGGAGACCCCGCUGCACAUUGUGUCCUCCCACAACCCCAGGAAGCACAAGGCGGAUGCCGCGGGGGAGGCGGCGGCACACAUCGCGGAGGCCCUCCUCAAGGCCGGCGCCAACCCCAACAUGCAGGACAGCCAGGGAAGGACGCCGUUGCACGUCUCUGUUCUGAUGAGGAAUGAGCCGGUUUUCAGCCAGCUUCUCCACUGCAAGCAGCUGGACCUGGAGCUGAAGACGCACGAGGGCAGCACGGCGCUGUGGCUGGCCGUCCAGUUCAUCACAGUCUCCUCGGACCCUUCCGUCAACCCCUUUGAGGACGCCCCGGUCCAGAACGGGACCUUCUUCGACGAAAACAGCUUUGCCGCCCGGCUGAUCCAGAGAGGCAGCAACACAGACGCCCCGGACGCUCUCACAGGGAACUGCCUGCUGCAGAGAGCCGCCCAGAGCGGGAACGAGGCUGCGGCGCUCUUCCUGGCCACGCACGGGGCCACCGUCAACCACAGGAAUAAACGGGGAGAGACCCCGCUGCACACGGCUUGCCGCCAGGGCCUGGCCAACCUGACGGCGGAGUUGCUCCAGCAAGGAGCCAACCCCAACCUCCAGACGGAGAAAGCGGGCGACGGCGGUGGUGGUGGCGUGAGCCUGCAGACCCCGCUCCACAUGGCCAUCGCCCACAACCACCCUGACGUGGUCUCCGUCAUCCUGGAGCAGAAAGCGAACGCUCUCCACGCCACCAGCAAUUUGCAGAUCAUCCCAGACUUCAGCCUCAAGGAUUCCCGGGAUCAAACUGUGCUGGGACUCGCCUUGUGGACAGGCCUGCACACGAUUGCGGCGCAGCUGCUGGGCUCGGGUGCCUCCAUCAACGACACCAUGUCGGACGGGCAGACGCUCCUGCACAUGGCCAUCCAGCGGCAGGACAGCAAGAGCGCACUCUUCCUCCUGGAGCACCAGGCCGACAUCAGCGUCCGGACCCAGGAGGGGGAGACGGCGCUGCAGCUGGCCAUCAAGAACCAGCUCCCACUGGUGGUGGACGCCAUCUGCACCCGGGGCGCAGACAUGUCCGUCCCGGACGAGAAGGGCAACCCCCCGCUGUGGCUGGCGCUGGAGAGCGGCCUCGAGGAUAUCGCUUCCACCCUGGUCCGGCACGGCUGCGACGCCACUUCCUGGGCGGCAGGGCCGAGCGGCUGUUUGCAGACUCUGUUGCACCGGGCCAUCGAUGAGAACAGCGAGCAGAUCGCCUGCUUCCUCAUCCGCAGCGGCUGCGACGUCAACAGUCCGCGGCAGCCGGGCGCCAACGGCGAGGGCGACGAGGAGGCGCAUGAUGCGCAGGCACCGCUGCACUUGGCUGCGUCCUGGGGCCUGGAGGAAACCACCCAGUGCCUGCUGGAGUUUGGCGCCAACGUCAACGCACAGGACGCCGAGGGAAGGACGCCAAUCCACGUGGCCAUUGUCAACCAGCACGGCCUGAUUAUCCAGCUCCUGAUCUCCCACCCAGACAUCCAGCUCAACGUCCGGGACCGGCAAGGCCUGACCCCCUUUGCCUGCGCCAUGACCUACAAAAACAACAAGGCCGCCGAGGCCAUCCUCAAGCGGGAGCCCGGCGCGGCCGAGCAGGUGGACAACAAGGGCCGGAACUUCCUCCACGUGGCCGUCCAGAACUCGGACAUUGAGAGCGUGCUCUUCCUGAUCAGCGUCCAGGCCAACGUGAAUUCCAGGGUGCAGGACGCCUCCAAGCUCACGCCCUUGCACCUCGCCGUGCAGGCCGGGUCCGAGAUCAUCGUGCGGAACCUGCUGCUGGCGGGCGCCAAGGUCAACGAGCUGAACAAGCACCGCCAGACGGCCCUCCACUUGGCCGCCCAGCAGGACCUGCCCACCAUUUGCUCCGUCCUCUUGGAGAACGGCGUGGACUUUGCCGCCGUGGAUGAAAACGGGAACAAUGCCCUCCACCUGGCGGUGAUGCAAGGCCGCUUGACCAACAUCCGGGUCCUGCUGACCGAGUGCACCGUGGACGCAGAGGCCUUCAAUGUCAGAGGCCAGUCUCCAUUGCACAUCCUGGGCCAAUACGGGAAAGACAACGCGGCGGCCAUCUUUGACCUCUUCCUGGAGUGCAUGCCCGAGUAUCCCCUCGACAAACCAGACGCUGAAGGCAACACUGUGCUGCUCCUGGCCUACAUGAAGGGCAACGCCAACCUGUGCCGGGCCAUCGUCCGUGCCGGGGCCCGCCUGGGCGUCACCAACAACCAAGGCGUCAACAUCUUCAACUACCAAGUGGCCACCAAACAGCUCCUUUUCCGGCUGCUGGACAUGCUCUCCAAGGAGCCUCCCUGGUGCGACGGCUCCAAUUGCUACGAGUGCAGCGCCAAGUUCGGGGUCACCACCAGGAAGCAUCACUGCCGUCACUGUGGGCGCCUGCUGUGCCACCGCUGCUCCACCAAAGAGAUCCCCAUCAUCAAGUUCGACCUGAACAAGCCCGUCCGCGUCUGCAACAUCUGCUUCGACGUCCUGACGCUGGGGGGGGUCUCCUAGGGUCCCGGCCGAGACCCCUCCUCUUCCUCCUCCUCCUCCUCCUCCCGGCCUCCCUUUCCCUUCUCUCCCCAUCUUGUGCUUCCUUUGCGGCCACAGAUCGGGACUUGCUACACCGGAUCCACCCGUUGCAUCUCCUUCACGUGCGGAAGACGGAUUUAUUAUUUUGUCAUAAACAAAACAGCCUUGGUUUGGCCGCGGAGGAGCAUCAGAAGGAAAUAUUUUUUUCGUUGUUUUGGCAGUCCCGAUGUUUGCGAUCUCUUCCAAAAGGCAGUUUUGGGGCUGCCUUCCCCGCUCUCUUCUUCUUCCGGCUUUGUCAUGAAGCAGCUUUUUUUCCCCAAAGAAGAAGCCGUGGCCUUCGAAUCCGGGUUGAGUUUCCGGCAUCGACGGAGUGGGGAUGCCUGUGGCCUUACGACAAAAGCGUGAUAGCUUCCCCGAUUGGCUUUGUUUGCCGUCGAGACAAAUCAUAUCUGCUUCCUUCGGAGUCUUGCUUGGCAGGGAUCCUUAUUUCAGUCCGAGGACGAAGAGCUGCUCCCGUCAUGCUGGAAUCAUUAGUGUUUCGUUUACAGCAAGGUCAAUGGGACCAAUGGAAAGUCUGGAACACUUAAAACACAACUGGAGUUGUUACUGUUUUUGUUUAUCGUGUGUCGGUUGUUUGGAAUCUCGCUCAUGCUUAUAUUUACCGACCGCGGAAAGAAAUGCACUGAAAUCCACGGCGUGGGUGGUCCAAAAACCAGCUGAACCGACACUUUUCAGAAGAAUCCUGUGUCUCCAUUUGCGGACAAUGGCUCCUUACCGUUUGUCGAGUCGGACUAGUUUCUCUCCAGGGAUCAAAGCGGUUCGGUACUCGCUUAAGUCCGGUUCUCUCUGUUUUAUCAGCAAUUUAUCGACACGGAAAUGUUCACAUGAAGCCAGAAGAAACAGACCAAAACGUAUUACUCCAGUCGUAAUUUGAAUCGUUUCUCUCCAGGGAUCAAAGCGGUUCGGUACUCGCUUAAGUCCGGUUCACUCUGUUUUGUCGGCGAUUUAUCGACGGGAAAAUGUUCACACGAAGCCAGAACAAAACGUAUUACUCCGGUCGUAAUUUGAGAGGUUUCCAACAGCAUUCCCGUCCUUACGAGGAGUGAAGAAGUGAAGCAAUCCCAUCCUUACGAGGAGCAAAGCUGCCUUUCAUCUUGAUCGACGUUCCUCAAAACAACCAUCGCUUUCUUACCAUCUGUAAAAAUAUAUAUCUCGUUUCCUCUGCGGAUUGUCAAGAGUGAAACAUCUCGCCGUGCCGUAGUGAUGGAACAACACCUCACAAUAUCAAUAUUCGAUGCUUCGAUCGCUAAAGGAAACAAACCGACUGGGUGUGACCAUUGUGAAGCCGAGGGAGCAAGAUGUAUACGCAGUAGAAUUCCGGUUAUCCGACAUAAACGGGCGGACCGAACGUUGGAUAAUCAGAACUGUCGGAUAAUAAGGAGACCAUAUUAUCGCACCCGGCUUGAAGAAGCCCACGGCUGCCUAGAAAAACAACAACACGCAGCAGGCCUCUCCAAGCGCCGGAUAAUACGGUAUGUCGAAUAAGCGGAAGUCAGAUAAGUGGAAUUCUACUAUGUAUACUCUGUCCAUAUAUAUAUAUAUAUCGUUUCAUCUGCAGAUUGUCAUAGUGAAAAGUCUCGCCAUGCCGUAAACAAGCGAUGGAAUGACAACACAAUAUCAAUAUUCAGUAUUUCGAUCGCUAAAUUUAACAAACCAACUGAGUGUGAGCAGAGUUGUGUGACAAUUGUGAAGCCGAGGGAGCGAUAUAUAUAUAUAUAUAUAUCUACUGUGUUCAGACGGUGUUGGCGAUGAGGUUGCACCUGGGAGCUCAGCUUCACUCCCACCCGUCCUUUUUGAAGGAUCCAUCGCAAAUGCAUCUAUUAUUAUUAUUUACUUCCUAUCAUAAUAACCACUACUUUGAAUCAUGCGUUCUUCCCGGAAGACAUUCCUAACAAUAACGCCCUGAAACGUUCUCUCUGGACCUGUGUGCAUACAUACGAAAGAGCUGAAACCAGAGUGCUAAUUUUUUAUAUAUAUAUAUAUAAUGUAUAUGUAUACAUAUAUUUCAGUGACUUUAUAUGUGAUGUGAAACCCUGGGCCUGUGCAGUAGAAGCAAACGAGGAGGGGAAGAAAGACACAAAAGUGGGAUUUGCCCAACCAAUACAUUUCAAUUUUGUUUUGGAUGGAAAACUGGAACGUUGUUAUUUCUGGCCAAGCUGACUUUCCUUCCCUCCUCUCUGGCUCUUCUUUUUGGGACCAUUUUUGGCCGGAAGAAACGAGGGAAAAUUCACUUGUGGCCUCUUUGGAACUCGGAAAAAGGUUCCGUCUUUUGGGUCACACACCCUUAGUUGUGGAUGCUGGGCGUUGUGGUCUGAAAAGCGUUUUCUUUGGAUACACCAGGCCUCUUUGUGCAACUAAUUCGGACUAAUCCAGUGACACAAAGGAGCCUUUUUUUUCCCCGCGCCGUUUGCCUACAACCGUCAAAAGCGGAUCAGAACCCAAGGAAGGGGUCGGGGUUCUGGGUUGGGACUUUUGUUGGGUUGCGCGCACACGGAAACAAAAUAAUCACUGUAAAGCACUUUUAUUAUUAUUAAUAAUAAUAAUUCAAUUAAAAAAGAGCAUUUACGACUGA